AUGUCGAUAAAGACCCUUCCGCCCGAGCUGCUGUAUGAUAUCGUCGCGGACGUGGUUGCUGGAUACGUAGAUUGGGCAGUCACCUGUCCGCCGCGGGGCGGUUGGGAGACGAUGAGAUCUGGCUCGGAACACGACUUUGGUUCGGACGACGAAGAAGACGACCUCGACGAAGAUGAUGACGCGUCAUACGAAGAGGACGAUGGAGCCUAUGAACAAGAGUCGGAGGACGCGAGCCCCCCACUUCCACCCCAGGACGACUUUUGUUCGACACCCACCGGUCUUGACAGCCUGCAUGUUGACACGUCGCAGGAGGAUCCGGAUGACGACGACUACCUGGGGUUUGACGUGUCUGAGGACGGAGACGCGAUCGAUCCAGAGGAUGCCUUUCAAAUAUGGUGUCUCAUCGAGUCGAAGGAGAGGUUGCCCGAGAACCACAUCCUCUCUUUGCUCGGCGUCGACCACUCUAUCCGCGAGACGACCAUUAAGAUACUCGAGGAUGCUAUAAGCAUUGAACGUGGUCCCAACGGAAGCCUGCACCCAAACCCUUGGCCCACACUCCGCCUCUUACGCAAACGCUACCGGAUAGGACACACCCAACCCUUCACCCUAUCCCACUUCCCCAAAUAUCACGGCCCAAUGACGCCCUUCAUUGAAGGCUACCUGAGCCUCGCGGGCAUGGCGUACUUCCUGCGCAACAUGUACCGGCUCGUGUCGUUCGACAACGAACGUAGGAGGGAUGCUGUCACGUCGAUGUUGAGCAUGGCUGGGACGCCGAGCGAGAUCUUGCAGCCUGUGCUGAGGACGAGGAUCGCGAGGAGGGCAUACAUCUCGAUGGUUCAUAUGAGGCGAUACAUUUCUGUGUCGAUACACUGCAGUACCAUCACGGACACGUAUAAAGAAAUAUUCUCACUUCGUGGGACCAGGAGGAAUCCAGGUUUCAUUGUGCACGAGGACAAGGUGCCUAUUUUCAAACAAGCUGUCCACGACUUUGCUAUCUUCGACUUCAAACACAUGGAGCGCAAACCUUAUCCAGAACUACCUGGCAUCUUGGUCGACUUAUCAGGCGUCAUCCACCUUCUGAGCAGCAUAAAAAAACUCAAAUACGUCUCAGAAUUCCGGGGAGUCGACGAAGUCAUGGAAGUUGUUGCAGAGGCAACCGCCUUGCUGGAGCGGUGGAAAGUCCGACUGGAGAUAUCGUCCUAUAUCGUCCUUGAAGACUGGCCUGACAUGGAUGUUUCGGUUUCUGAUUUGGUUGAAAGGCCUCUGUCACCUCUCUUAUCUGACUGA